AUGUCGGACCACACAUCAAAGCGCAGGAAGCUCAGCCCUUCGCCGGAAAAUGCGACUGCCAGUGCUCCCCCGAAACAGACAUCGAAAGUGACCGACAAACGGAACCCGACUCGAGGCAAAGAUGAGCGCUCCGCAGAGCUUGCGAUGGCCAGCGGCUUCUACAAGUCUAGUUUCUUCAAGCUGCAGAUGGACGAGUUGCUGGAAGGGUUGAGACCUAACCACGCGAAGCAAUUAUCGAAGGUUCAGGAUGCACUACACCAGAUCAAAAGUGCCAUUGAAGCGCUGCCCGACAAGACUCCGCAAUCCGUCCCCAAUGCCGAGAAGGGGCUGCGCGAUGCUGGGUUGGUAGUUCCAUGGCCCGAACCGCGACCAAGCAAAGAUGUCAAGUACAGCAUGGCAUUUGCGAAGCCAACGAACAUAAACGUGGUGGGUAGCUUUGCUCUCAAGACCGGCGCGCGCAAUUUGGAGUCGCGCCCAGUUGAUCUGGCCGUGACCAUGCCAAGUUCUCUCUUCCAGGAGAAGGACUACGUCAAUUUCAGAUACUUCCACAAGCGGGCUUACUAUGUUGCAUGCAUGGCACUUGGGAUUCAAGAAACGGCGAACACCCUCGGGUUUGAUGUCAAAUUUGGUCCUCAGGAUGGAGACAGCCUUCGUCCUCUCAUCUUAUUGGAGCCACGUCAAGCUGAAUCAUCCGGGCCUCAGAUCCGCAUUAUGACUGCAAUUGAUCCUACACUCUUCCCGAUCACCAGGACGCUUCCUCUCAAGAGCAAUGUGCGCCAGGCCUCCAAUGGCUCGGAGACCGGCGAACCGACCCCGUUCUAUAACUCCAGCCUCCGUUCCGAUGCCGCGGUCUCUCUAUAUCAUAAGUCUAUUUACUCAGCCACAAAAAAGUGCGAGUCUUUCAGUGACGCAUGUAUUCUCGGCCGCACUUGGCUGCAACAACGAGGCUUCCGCACUCCAUUCCAGAAUGGAGGCUUUGGUGGAUUCGAAUGGACGGCACUUCUGUCUUUGCUCUUUGAGGGUGGAGGUCCAGCUGGGCAACCGGUCCUGCUACCGUCGUACAGCUGCUACCAAAUCUUCAAAGCUACUAUUCAGUUCUUAGCUGGCAGGGAUCUAACUACACCUCUGUUCUUUGGUCAGGAAGUCCCAGUUCCUUCUGGAGUGCCUGUUGUCUAUGAUGGCCGCAGAGGGCUGAACAUUCUGUUCAAAAUGACGCCUUGGUCAUAUACGACACUGCGCCAUGAAGCUGCCAUCACCCUGAAAAUGCUCAAUGAGUCUCGAGAGGACAACUUUGAUAAAGUUUUCAUUCUCAAGGUUGACGAACCCACCCUCCGGUUUGACCGUUUGAUCUCCUUCCCCAAAUCCUUCAACGGAGAUACCCUUCGCGCUCUUAAUGAACAAAAUGCGCUGUACAAGGUUCUCACUCGGGCUUUAGGAGACAGGGUCAAACUUAUCUCUAUUGCAAGCCAUGCCAUCGAUCCGUGGCCAGUCAAAUCCAAGCAGCCCAAGAAGUCGAGCCAGGGUGUGUCCGUGGGGCUGCUAUUGAAUGCUGAGAACGUUGGACGCAUUGUCGACCAUGGUCCAGCAGCAGAGGAGAAAGAAGAGUCUGCUUCAUUCCAGGCGUUCUGGGGCGAAAAGUCAGAGCUUCGACGGUUCAAGGAUGGCAGCAUUUUGGAGAGUCUCGUGUGGUCCGACGAAUCGGAGGAAUCGAUCAUUUAUCAGAUUCUAGAAUACAUCCUCCAACGGCACUUCAAGAUCACCGCCGACGAAUUUGCCUUUGUUGGUGACGAAUAUGACGAGCACCUCAAGGAGCAUGGCGAUGACAUUCUGGCAUACUCCAGUCCUGCUUUCCAGUCAAUCGACGAGGCUUUCAAAGAUCUAGAGAGAUCCAUUCGUGGCAUGGAUGAAGUGCCACUGGAGGUUCGUCACUUGGCCCCGGCCAGUUCCCUUCUUCGGUAUACCGCACUCCGACCAACAGGACCCACCGACGUCGUCCUGCAGUUUGAAAGCUCCUCGCGUUGGCCUGAUGAUUUCGCCGCUAUCCAAAUGACGAAGAUUGCGUUCCUCUUGAAGAUUGGAGACUCCCUUGAAUCAUCUGGCACUGCUGCCUCGUCCUGCCGUGUCGGCCUCGAGAAUGAAUCAAGCAAGGUUAUCAACAAUGCGUUCUUGGAGAUUCCUCAUUCCUCUGGGGUGUUGUUCCGAUUGAGGAUUCACCACGAACGUGAACAAACCCUCCUUGAGCGUAACCUCAAGGACCGCAAUCUGAGUCCUAGGGAAAGGGAAGAGGCUGCUUACGCUCUCUUCGCCUACAAGAAGACAUUCGUUCAGACUCCGCGUUUGACACAAGCACUCCGAAGUCUGUGCACCCGCUUCCCCUUGCUGUCGCCCACCAUUCGUUUGACGAAACAAUGGUUCAGUUCCCACCUGUUCGCUGCCCAAGUCAGUGAGGAGCUGAUCGAAUUGCUUGUCGUUCGCACAUUCACCCAACCUAACCCCUGGGAGUGCCCUUCCUCUGUCAUGACCGGAUUCUUGAGGACUCUCCACUCCCUCUCUCGCUGGGAUUGGCAGCAGGAACCGUUCAUUGUUGACCUGGGAGGCGACCUCACCCCUCAGGUGACGGAAAAUAUCCGCACUCGCUUCACAGCCUGGCGCAGCAUUGACCCGGCGAUGAACAGUCUGGCCUUGUUCGUUGCUUCCGACGUUGACACGGAAGGCGUGACCUGGACCCAAUACGAGAUGCCCUCCAAGGCUGUGGCCGCCCGGAUGUCCAGCCUGGCUAAGGCAGCAGUAACGCUGCUGCGGAACAAGUCUCAUGAUAUGGAGGUCGACGACCUCUUUGAUACCUCGCUUGCUCCCUACGACUUCGUCAUUCAUCUCCGUUCAAAGCUGUUCAGCGGUUCCUCAACGCCCAAGUACAAGAACUUGGCUGAACCCCGUGCUGGAAUGAUGCAUACUAUCAAGUCAUUCGUCUGCGACGUGCAGGCCUGUUACAGCCAGAGUAUCCUGCUCUUCCAUGGGGAUGAUCGUUGUCCCGUGAUUGCUGGCCUUUGGAACCCGCAGUCUGUCAAGUCACGAUCAUGGAAUCUGAAGAUGCCUUACUCGACUGCUCCCUCUGAUGCAAAGGGCCAAGUGACCAUCAACCAGACUGCGAUCCUGAAUGAGAUUGCGCGGUUGGGUAGUGGGCUCAUUGAAAAUAUUGAGAUUCGUGAAUAG